UCCUGACGGCUGUGUGCUGAGAUCUGUCGUCCUUUGGCGUCCACUUUGCCUUAAUUGUCAGCUGAGGUCGGCGACACUCACGCACACACACGUGGCGAGUCAAUGAGGUCAGUGAGUGAGUGAGUGAGGGACAAACGCCUCGAGCAUCGCCAUGUGUCUCGCGUUGGCAGGUGUGAUAAUAUCUGCUGCGUACAUUGCUCUGGCAAGGAUUGCUCUCAGUCUAUUUACGUGCAAAAAGGUGCCCCUGUAUGUGCGUGCACCGCGCACACACACACACUGGAUACAUAUAUGAAUGCGCGGUGCACGCACAUGCAGCAUCCAUCCGGCCAAUGGACCAUCAAGGCAUUCCCUGAAGUGUUGUGUAGAGGUAACACCCUCAUUCCACAAAUCAUGUGCACGAUUGUAUGCGCGGGUCCAUUUCCUUCGCACACACAGGCAAUCGCUUCGCCUCUGUGUUGCCGUUUGGUGUCAUCGCCAUCAUUCUGUACCCAAUCGGCAUACUGCUCUGGUUCGGGGGCGUCUGCAUACGCGUAAGUGUCUAUCCAUGGCGGACACUCUCACACGGACAUACUUCCAGAAAUGCACUCUUGCACAGGCCCCGUACCGCUUCGAUGACGUGAGAUUCCGCACUCGGUGAGCAGAGCAACUGACAAAUAUGCGCACCGUCUAUGCGUCCCUGCAUUUUUAUCUGUACGUGUGCGUAUGUGUGUAGUUACAAGUUCCUUUUGUAUCGGUUCACGCCCGACAAGUACUGGUGGGGCGUAGUCAUACUCGCAAGGUGCGUGGAUGGCUCCAUGUGCAUGCAUUGUGAGGAUGGUGUAUAUGGGGCUGUCUCGUCUGUCUGCAGAAACAUGCUGCUGACGCUAGCAGCAGUGAUCUUCCCAUCCGAUGGCUACGCGCAGGUCGGUCUCUGGUUGCUACGCACACACAGGGGGCAUAUGGAUGUGCGUAUACGUAUGCAGGUGUACUACACGGCAGCGGUGCUAAUCGUGAGUGUCGUCAUGCAAGUAAGGACGCUACGCCUACACACACGGCAACAGCAGACACGCAGCUCCACACACACACAUGCACACGCAGGUGUAUCACAUGCCCUUUCGCGACCCGCGCAACAACUACCUGGACAUGAUCCUCACCAUGAGUACGGGCACCCAUCCAUCAAUCCAUCCAACCACACGCACAUGCAUGUCUCCACCUUGUGUGUGUGUGCAGUCACGCUGUUCAUCAUAGUGGUGGGGGUCUUCUUCAUCGACUCGCAAGACCGCAAACCUGAGGCAUACGCAAUCGUGCUGACCGUCUCUGUCGCGCUUGCCGUGUUCGCUGUGCUGGUACGCACUGAUGGACGGAUGUGUCGGGGUAUGGACACGGAUGUGUAUACAGGUGACGAUUGGUUUGUCUCUGUUUGACGCCAUUCACCAAGACAAGCUCAACACGGCCGAGACAAUGAGAGUCAGCGCACAUACAAGAGGGAGAGAGAGGGAGACAAAGCCGGAUGAGAAUAAUCAUCUCUACGUGUCCGUCGUUACUGUCGAUGAGUCCAGGCGUACCGGUAUGUGCGUGACAUGAAGGUGAUCGCCUCCUUGUUCAAGGAGGAGAGGCAGGAAGAGCUCCUGCACUUCUUCUACGACCUCACUUACAAAGAGAAAGCUACCAUGGAAGUACGUGAGCACUGCACUCAUCUAUGUCGAUGUGUCUGUGCAUCUCUAUCUCUCUUUCUGUCUGUCUGUGUGCAGAAUUCCCUGUCUCUGCUGCACGGCGAGUUUUCUCUGCUCUAUAAGGAGGCCAACGACGAGAGACGGAACCUGCUCAGACAGACCACUGAGUGGGGGAGCCACACGGACACCUGAGAAUCCACACUCACAUGCCUGUUUGUCUAUGGUGUAGGCCGUCUCACUUCCGCACGCUCAAGUCACACAUUCGCCACGCAUACACACAAGGAAUGGGUACGAGCACACCAACCUUUGGACACACACAUGAGUGUUCACCUCUCUCUCUGUCUCAGGCCUCAAGUGUCAUGACGCGCAAUAAAGACGGCGCAAGAGCGCACAUGGCGCGAAUGAGAGGGGCACGGCCAUCGGUUUCAGUCACUGACGAUGGUGCUGCUUGAUGCGCGGCGAUGGACAUUGGGACAUCUCACCUGCAGCACGGAACACACACACAGAGAGAGGGGUGGUCGUGUCUGUGUUCCCGACUCAUCAUCGUGCUUACCUUAGUGUUUGCCUGCCCGCUGGGCACUCGGCACGCCUCACGGUGCCUCAGAUCUGCCCCCCAGCGCGAUCUGCACAU